GACUAGUAUUCAAUCUCACUUCCGGAAUGUAACACGAAUUUCCUCCAGGCAAUAACAUUAUUAUAUUUGCUGGAACACAAUAAUACAUGGCCACCAAAAAAACAUAUAUAGUAGAGAGCAAAUUUGAAUCGUCCGAGGGAUUUUUAAAAUGUGAAAAGUAUAGAGACAAAAAGAUGCAGGAUGAGGAAGGUGAUGAUCUCAAAGAAAGAAUCGAAGGCAACGAAUUUUCUAAAGAAGCUGUUACAAGUGACAUUAGCAACUCCAGUGGUGUCGACAGUAGAACUUAUUACUCAUUAUUAUUAUCAGUUUCCGCUUUAUCAGUAAUUACGAGGCUCUAUAACAUUGAUAAACCCUCUCAUGUAUGUUGGGAUGAAACACACUUUGGGAAAAUGGGCAGCUGGUACAUUAAGAGGGAAUUUUUCUUUGAUGUUCAUCCACCUGUAGGAAAGAUGUUGAUUGGGUUGUUUGGUAUAGUGACUGGUUAUGAUGGCGAGUUCCCCUUUGGAAAGCCCGGUGAUGAGUAUGGUGAAACACGUUAUGUUGGAAUGAGAGUGUGUUGUGCCCUGUUGGGAGCUGCAUUGGUCCCCUUGGCUUACAUGUCUGUAUGGCUUCUUACCAAAUCACUCCUGUCAUCACUUUUUGCAGCAUUGUUAAUUUUACUAGAUGUUGGGACACUUACUCUUUCCCGACACAUCCUUCUGGAUCCCAUUAUGUUGUUCUUCAUUAUGAUGUCUACGUAUUCUGAACUUAAAUUUCUCUCAUAUCAAAAUAGACCAUUUUCUGCACAAUGGUGGCUUUGGUCAGCACUGACUGGAGUAUUCCUGGCAGCAUCCAUAGGAGUUAAGUUUGUGGGUUUGUUCAUCAUCUUAUAUGUGGGAAUUUCAACCGUUAACGACUUGUGGAAAAUACUGGGAAACCAAAGCAAUUCCUUGGCAGAUGUUGUGAAGCACUUUGUAGCUCGAGCACUGUGCCUUAUUGUGCUUCCCACUCUUAUCUAUAUAGCAACAUUUGCUGUCCACCUCAAAAUUCUGAAUCACAGUGGAAAUGGAGAUGGAUUUUACAGUUCUGCUUUCCAGUCACAGCUGAUUGGUAAUCGACUGUACAAUGUUAGUAUGCCAGAAAAUGUAGCCUAUGGCAGUGUGAUAACACUUAAGCAGAGGAGGACAGGAGGGGCCUACCUCCACUCUCACUGGCACCUUUACCCCGAGGAACAUCCACCCAGACAGCAACAGGUAACCACCUAUGCACAUAAGGACUUCAACAACGAAUGGAUAAUCAAGAUGGCCGACACAGAACCAGAGUCAGGUGAUCCGGUUCAACUGGUUGUGUCUGGUGACCUGGUUAGACUGGAGCAUAGAGAAACCAGAAGAAACCUUCACAGUCAUGCGGAACCAGCCCCACUGAGUAAGAGACAGUUCCAGGUGGCUGGUUAUGGAAUGAAUGGUACUGGAGAUGCUAAUGACAUCUGGCUGGUAGAGGUGGUGGGGUCGCCUCCUGGAACUGUUAUUCAGACAGCAAAGUCACGCCUGCGUUUUAUACAUUACCAUGUCAGAUGUGUUCUGCACUCCCAUGACAAGAAACUUCCCAAAUGGGGAUGGGAGCAGCUUGAAGCCACAUGCAAUCCAAAUUUGAGAGAACCAAAGGCUGUGUGGAGUGUAGAGGAAGUGACUGAUAAUAGAUUACCUAACGCCAGUUUUGAGAUAUAUUCUCCCUCUUUUAUGGAGAGAUUUAUGGAAAGCCAUGCCGUCAUGACACAGGGAAACAGUGGACUUAAACCCAAAGAAGGUGAAAUCACCUCCAGGCCAUGGCAGUGGCCAUUAGAUUUCAGAGGGCAGAUUUUCUCGGGGAAAGACCACAGGAUAUACCUGUUGGGAAAUCCUGUCAUCUUUUGGGGAUGUUUGGUGGCCCAUGUGCUGUUUGCUAUCUACUUUUUGGCCCAUUCAGUAAAGGUACAGAGAGGACACAUUGAAAACAAAGUCUGGAGAGAGCACAAGAAGACCAUGUUCACUGCCUGCUGGUGGCUUCUGCUAGGCUGGGCCUUGCAUUAUCUCCCCUUCUGGCCAAUGACUCGAGUACUAUAUUUUCAUCACUACUUUCCAGCCUUUCUCUUCAGUGCAAUGUUAACAGGGGUGGUUCUGGACCACACUGUGAUUCUGCUGAUGACUAUGGUACCGGAGAGUGUAUCUGGGACUUUAUUCCAUACUGUGGUGGGAGGCCUGAUAUCAGGACUUAUAUUGAGUUUCUACCUAUUUUCUCCCUUGACCUAUGGUAUGGAUGGACCAAUGGCUUUAGAGGAAGGUAGCAAAAUGGCAGGAUUAAAGUGGCUGAACUCAUGGGACAUAUAACAGACUGAAAACAAAAGUAUUGGUGUUAUAUCAAAACUUAUCACAUGUCUUAAGAUUACAUUCAAAAGAACCUACAUGUAUUUUGAUAUUUUUAUAAACAUUUUUGUAUAUUGUUUUUUGAAUAUUUCAAGCAAAGCAUUCCAAGAGUUCUAUGUAUUUUGAGUGUGCUAAUUAAUAUUGUAUAGACUUAUUUUCACUGCAAUUUAAAUUUCUCUACAUCUACUAUAGGCCAAAUCCAUGAUGUAAAACUGCAGUAACAGUGAUUGGGAAGGCCAUGCGCCCUGUGCCAUAGUCCCAUUCAGGUGAAAAUUGGCGCAUUAAAUUAUCUAAUCCAUGCGCCAAAGUGCGCAUUCAUUAUUGAUUGUAACUUGCGUUGUUUUUUUUUCUAGAAUGAAUUGGGUACGACUUACUUAUUUUUGUACUUUCAUUUUUAAUUCCUAUGUAUUCUGAUACACCGAAUCUCAUUGGUUGAAGCAAUACAAAUCAAAAUAGAUAACCAAUAAACUAUUUCCUCUUACAUCACAUCUCAUCACGUCUUCUCAUGCUUAUACUUUAGCGUUUAAGUUUCGGAAGUCCAAGGACAGAUAUAGAAACGACAGAAAAUGAAAAAAAAAAAACCCAAAUAAUGGAAAAAAACCAAAAAACAAAAACAAAAAAAUAAAAAACCACGAGAGACCAUCUUCAAAUACUAAUUCCGGUAAAAGCAAUGAUACCAUUGAGAAGGGGACAUUGAAACAAAGUAGAAACAUUUUCAAGAGCGGCGGAAAAGAUCGCGGUCAUGGUUCAAUGUUUCAAUUAAAACAAUAACGUUCCACUGCACAUUUGCUAUUUAUUGAAAAUGGUCAUUCAAAAUAUGUUGAUGGCCCAUUAAAUCUGAACUUGAACCGAUGGGCCAUAGUCCCAUAGGCCAUUUUGGCCUUCCCAAUCACUGCAGUAAAUAUAACCCAGCCAUAACAUCUAUACACAAUGGACAUGAAACCCAUGUAAAGAACCAGAGCAAACGUAAAGCUGUAUACUAAUCUAAAUCACAUUUUAUUUGUCAGAACGUUAUUUACAUGUAAUUUCAUGAGACUAUCUAUUCGUGAAAAUUUAGUUCUUGCAAAUUAACUCUUACACUUAGAAGAUUUAAAGCAGGAAAUAGUGCGAUGAAAAUUAUGUCUCGUGGAUAAAUACAUCAUUGUAUCCAUAUUGAAAAUAAGGCCUGGCAAAAUGAAAAUUAUCUAUAGUAUAAAUCACUUUGGAUUUGCUUUUUUCUCUAUUUUCAUUCCAGAUAUAUAUGUUUUUUUUAUAUAAUUGUUGUACGAGGAAUGAUCAAUAAGCUAAGACUUGAAGUACAUGUAUAUGACAAAAUCCAUGUGCAAGUUUCCAAGAUUUUACACUUGUUUAAGCAAUACGUAGUUUACAAUUUGUGCAAAUGCUGUUUAAGUUGACUUAAAACUUGCAGUUUUUACAGCUUUAUUCUAUGAAAAUGUUGAUCAAUUAUCAAUUUAUUUUGAAAAUAUAAGUGUAGUACAUGUUAUAGCUGUUUGACUGCAUUUGUGCCAUGGCAAAUAUUUAUAAAUUUAUUUAUUUUUGUAUUUUUAUAUGGUUGUGUGGUGCUUUUUAGCUCCAAGGUAAUCUCCAUUUUGUGCAACUAGUAAUAUUUAUGCAAUAAUCACAUGCAUUAAUGACUUUUAGCAAGCACCACUUUAAGUCAAUGCAUUCCACUCACCUCAAGUGAAAAAAUGUAUUAAGUACAGCAUCCCCCCCCCCACCCCCCAGGUUUUACGAACGCAAAAAAUCAAACUUUCAUCAUAGGUGGAAGAACUCUUUUUUUUUAAAAUAAAUUUUAUUUCAUUACAAUGCCUUUUAGACCCUAAUAAGGAAAAUCCUUUGACUCCAUUGACAGCAUCUUCACAAGUCAAGGGUUAUUGAUUCAUUACCUCACACUAACAAAUCAAUAACCCUUGACUUGUGAAGAUGCAUUGACAGUGUUUGGUACAGAUACAAGUUGUAUUUCAUGCUGAAAACAUUCUUGAUGUCUGUGAUUAUCUAUCCAAGAAAUACUUUAACCAUAUUAAUCUGGACUUUUAAUAAAGCAAAAAAGUGAUGAGAUUUACGGAAGGGUUUGUAAAUGGAUUUUUUUUUUAAAUGCAGGACUAAUUGUACUAAUAACAAAUAAUAUGUGUCCUCAAAUAUUUCAAGCUUUGUACACUUUGAUUUUAAGCUUAAGAUCAACACAGCUUGCAUACCAAAGAUUUGUGGUUAGUACAGUAAAACUUAUUUUAAUAACAUUAAUAUUGCUAUUUUUUAAAGAAUGGUUUUCAUUUUCUAGAGCAAGCAUUGUAGGUCAUCAGAUUUACUCAUGUGAAUCUUUACCCCUGUGCGGCUUAAAGAAAAACUUAUAAAUAUUCAUGGUUAUGAAGUGCAUGGAGCCUUUUACCAAAAGUGGAAUUUUCUACCCCUGGGCCAGAGAUCAAAUGUGUAUACAAUGAAAAUGCAUUUUUAAGAUAUUUUAAAGUCUUCUUGCUUCUGGGAAUUGGUGAAGAAAUAUUGUGUGCAUGGUUAUAAAAAGCAAAAACAAGAGAAACCUAAUAAAACUGUUAGAUAACAGCUUUUAGUGUAAAGAAGUAAGUAAGGAAAUAUUAUUGUCUUGCAAGACAAUAAUUAUUACUGAAAUAUAUAAUAAAGAACGAUUUUCAUUGACUUAAAUUUUUGGUGACAAAAUAUUGUAUGUACUGUUGUGAAGUGUGAAGACUUCUACCAAAAACAUGGAGUUCAUGACCUCAGGAUUGUUUACUUAUGUUUCAGAGAGUGGCAAUCAUAAAGUAAAAAAUGUACACGAUUUUUUUAAAAAAAAACUGUUUUCUUGGACAUUGAAAAAUCUGAAUCUUGAAUGUUAAAAAUAUUUAAUUUUCAUGUUUAAAAAUAAUAAAACAUCUUGUGUAAUUGAGGAGUCAUUGCAUGUUACUCAGGUGACUACUAAGAUCGACCCAUGGAUGUCUUGAUUAAAUAUCAUUGAACUACAGGAAUUUGCUGCCUAGACUUAUUGUAAACAUAGAUGUAUUAGAUUUUGAAAACUUUGCUUGCAUUAGAAUCUCGGAGUACAUGUAUCAAAUACAUGUGCCAGUUACUCACACUCUGGUUCCGGAACAUUGAGUUCUUACUUUAAAUCACUUUUAAUUUGUUUAUUCUCAUGUAAAUUUGUGAAAUUGUCUGGAUGCAAAAAAUCAGGUUUCUAUACACAGAUUUGUAUAUAUAUGUUGUAAAAACAAAACAAAUGUUCACAAAAACUAUAUCUGAGUAAUAAAUCACUAAUAAAUCUGACAUGGCAAGAUUGUGGAAAUGAAGUCUCACAAAAAGAGAUUUUCAGUUCUGAUCUUCUACCUUUGCAAUGGAAAUUAUAGAGGAUUAUACUACGCAAAGAGUGCUUACAGCCUGGUGCAUUGUCAUGAAUCUGAACCAAGGUCAACAGUACAUGUAGUCAAAGUGGGAAAUAUUUGUUACGCCUAACUUUGCAAAGGAGAGACGUUAGCUCAUGUUUGCAUAUCACAAAGGUCAUUUGGUCAAGGUCAGUGGCAAAAAGAAAAGAGGAUAUAAUUGUGUGACACUAUAACAUUGUAAUGGGAAGACAUUACGGUAGAUUCGUAAAUAGAUGCAAGGAAUUGAUUAUCGCUUAAUUUAGUGAAAAGCAUCAUUUGCGAAAUAAAAUUGCUCACUUUUAUUUUUAUAUUGAUGAAAAACUUGUAAAAACAAAUCAACAAUCCAAGCAUGUUCUCGCGAUUUGCCAUAUCUGUGAGUAAUUUCACAAUAUUUAGUAUUCUGGUAGAAUAAGGAAUCUACAGUAGAUGCCCAUAUCAGCAUAAAGGUUGAUUAUAGCCAGGUGGUGUGUCAUAACCCUGAACCAAGGUCAUUUACACAAAGUGAAGGUCACUAGGAGAAAAAGUUACAUAUGUUCAAAUUGGAUAAGUCUUACUGAAUGUAUCAGUGCUAUUAGGACAGCUCUAGUUCUUGUGUAUUUAUGUUAAAUGUUCGGCAUUCUUAUUAGCUUUGGGUUUAAUCCCCAGCAGAAACACAAUAUCAUUUCUGUAUGUGGUACAUCGUAAUAAUCACGUUUAUAACAGUUAUACAAUUGUAUUAAAUAAACUUCCAUUGGAUUUUCGAUCAGUUUUUAGUGCUCUCAUGUAAUCUCCUGUGUAUAUUGUCUCUGUAUGAUAUACUUAUCAAUUGUUAAAACUAUUUACAAAAUAUUUAGCAAAUAAUUGAAAUCUAGUCAAGAUUUGUCUCUUACAUAUAUUUAGUACACAUAUUUCAAAGAAACAAUGCAACAACAGGUUGUUCAAAAUUGUGUAUGUACAUGUAUAAAAUAUUUGCACUUGACUACAUUAAUUUAAUUGCCAUGUUUUAUAGUCUUACACAAAUUGUAAGACCAAUUGAAGUUUGUUACAAACAUGAAAUUACAUGUUUUUCUUACUUUACAUUUAUUUUAAUUUAAUAUGUAUUAUAGGAUUAAACAUUCUUUUUGAAGAAUUUAUCGAUGUGUAAACUCCAGACAUUUUACUCACAAACUGAAUAAAAGUGCAAAGCACUUUUAUGUUAAGUUUGUGAGUAAAAUGGCCGGAAUUUACACAUCGAUAAAUUCUUCAAAAAGAAUGUUUGAUUCUUAUAAUUCCAAUUCAUCCACUUCAUUAACAAUUGCAAAAAUUUGAAUAGUUUCCCCGCACUAUGUUAUUUGUUUUCAGGCGUGUAUGAAUACAUCGCGUUUUCGGAUUUAUUGAUGUAUAUAUAAACUCUUGUUCAGCUUUAUUUUUGUCCAAUCAAAACACUUGUAAUAAAUAACAUUGGAAUUAUACAUGUAUAAGGGUACCAUAUAUUAUUGGAUAGUUUUGUAGCUUCUAAUUAAUCUCACUGUGUACUUAAUUUAAUAAAUUUUUUAGAAGUGUUUAGUUUGUUUAAGGUACUUGUCUUGGCAUGAGCAUUUGAAUGAAAUAAUUUUGACUCAAAAUCACUCCAAUGAUGGCCUACAUUUUGUAGUUACUCACAUUACAAUGGAAGUUGGAUGCACGUUUAUGGUUGCGGAAGCUUCAUGUAAUUUAUAGUAUCAAUAAACAAUUUAUUGUUUCA